AUGGAAGAUUUAUCUGUCUACGAUUCAAAGACCAGUGUUAUCGUUGGAGGUACAGGCUUACUAUUCUUAUGUGCUAAUUACAAAAUUUCUACUGAAAUAGAUAAGCCUAAAAUAGAGGAAAAGGCAAAGCUUAAUAUGAGAAGUUCAGGAAGGAGAACACUUGCUGACAUUAGCAAUAUUCCACAGCGAUUUAGUGCUUCUAAUCAAGAUAACAAGCCACAACCAAGUUCGGAUGCUAUAAGAGAGUAUAUCAAGCAGCUCCAAAAGGAAAACGCAGCACUUAUGAAGCUCUUAAUAGACAAAAAUAGAAGCAUCGAACUUGGUGGAGCCGAGGUACAGAAACUGAGAGUUAUCUUGCAGAAGGUGCAGCAGCAGAAUUUGUUACUUGCUCAAUCAAACAGCCAGAUGCUAGUGGAACUAAAUUCAGUCAAGGAGAGGCAAAAAGCUCUGAAACAUGAACUUGGAUGCAAAGAUGGCUUGAUUAUUGCAAAAAAGUUGGAGCCGGAGGGAAAUCCCAAAGCUAGAAUCUUUCAAGCAAAUGAUAGCCAGAAUGAUAAGGUAACUGAACUAGAGGAGACAGAAGCGUGUACAGUAGCGGAAAGCAAUGAUCACAAACGUUAUAAUACCAGCAGAAUGCAGAAAUCCAAAAGUUUAGUCUCAUCUGAUAAAAAGGUUCAGGAUAAUGAAGUCGGUAAAGCCAGAAGGAUCCAAACUAGAAGGCAAUCUUCAAGGCUUAAGCAUGAUGAACCAAAAUCUACCAAAAGCUCCUUCGAAAUAGAAAAUGUUGAUGAUCUUCCACCGUGUUCAUUACUUGAUGAUGAUAAAAGUUGUAACCCAGUGCCCUUGUCAUCUAACAAAGAAGGCAAAUCUCUGGAAGACUACAAGCCUCAAGAACAAAGGAAAACAUCUCUUUCGAGGCCUUUACGUGAAGCAGCCAAGAAAGUUCAGUCUUACAAAGAAAUCAAUGUCAAUGUGAAGAUGCGAAGAAACGAGUGA